AUGGAUCCUCAAGUGGGAGGAGGAGGAAAACGAUUAAAGAAGGAUGCAAAAUCCACGUCAACAACGCUGAAAACAUCAGCAACAAAAUCUACGCUAGCAACACCAGCGACUACGCCAACAACGGGUGCAACAAAAUCGACGCCAACAACUGCCACAGCAACCGCAACGACGAAAAAUACGCCAAAAACGACUGCAAAGACUGCAAAACCAGCAAAGAAAAAAGCAAUAUCAGAACAAGGAUAUGAUCCAGAAGAAGGUCCGCCUGGAAGAAGUCUCUUUAUCACCAUUGGAAUUUGGUUUUUGGUCAUAAUUCUAAUCGCAGGAGGUGUUAUGUUUGGACUUAUCCUAACUCAAUCCGAAAUCGACGACACUCCUAAGAAAAUCUUGCAACAACACAAAGAAGGUAUGAUUAUUUAUUCUAGAAAAUAGAUAUCUCAAAUUCAAACUAUUCAUUCUUUCAGAUACAGUCAAAUCUAUCGACAAAGCUAUUCAAGUUGUUCAAACCUUUCCGGAUUUGUUUGAUGAUUUUGCGCUUGAACAAAUGUCACCGGAACUAUUCAAAAUCAUUCGCAAAGAACUGAAUGUGGAAGAUUUGGUGAGUUUUUCGAUAGUUUCUACUGAAACAAGUGAUUAUAUUCAAUAAUUACAGAAGGAGUUGGAUUUUUACAAGGAAUCUGCUAUUCCACAAUAUGCAUCUGUUUAUGUUACACUUGAAACAACAUGUCCACGCUUGCCGACUGGAUUUAAUGUAGAGAAUUUUCUCUCCUUGUGGAAAAACGGAACAAUCAUGCAAAGAGAGCAACUUAAGAAGAUCAUCAGUCCAAUUAUUGCUUACGAAACCUCGUUCAAUGCCACUUUGAAGAGCGAAUCGGAAAAGCCGGGAAGAUUUUCGAAAAACAGAAUUGUGGUGUAUUCUGAAGAUAUUGUAAAAAUGCUUCAUGAUUACAAAGAGAUAACUGUGGCUCGAUAUGAUGCAUUGAUCGAAUCAUAUGAAGAUCAAGUUGCUUCUCGAAAUUUUGCCGACUUCGCUCAUUUGUUAUUCGACAUCAUUUCAUAUUCAAUUGGGUUGAUCAUUGUUGGCGCAAUCAUCAUUGUGUUCAUCUUAUUCCAAAAAGGCAAAAUCAAAUUGAAAACUCUGAAUAAGUCUUCAAUGAUUCUUUUCAUUAUUUCUUUGGUCUUUGCAUUGGGUUUGAUGGUUUAUUCAGUUCUUGGAGCAGCUGGAUUAUCUCCAUUUGGAUACGAAUGUAAAUUGUCCAGCAAUGUUCAAAAUCCAGACAAAAAAUUCACUAAUUCCGAUGAACAAAUCACAGAUCUUGGGUUUGUAUUUUUUUAAAAAAGAAAUUACAUUGAUAAAGUUUAUUUUUCAGGAAGAUUGCUGGUAGUUGUGAAAAUGGUGCGUCGAUUUUUUCAAAAACAACGCCACAUUUGAAUUUCGACGCCAUCAAACGUAGUUUGGAUGGUUUUGAAAUGGAUGUCAUCACUUUCGCUGCAAAUCUUCAAUUCAAAGGCGAUUUGAGUGGCGAAGAAAUAAUAGAUAUGAAAUCAGCAUUGGACAAGGAAAGUUUGAGACUGAAAAAAUAUCGAGACAAACCCACCUGUUUGGCAUCUGAAAGUAAAAAUAUGAUUAUUUCGAUGAUUGGAGCAUUGGAAAAUAUCAAAACUGGUUUGGAGACACUGGAAACGCGUGCAAACGAGUUGGAGAAUAAGAAUGUGCAGCCGAUUUUAUCCGCCCACAUUAAAACAUCAUUCGAUACAUUGAGAAAUGUUUCGGACGCCGCAGUGGAUUCGAUGAAUGUAAGUGAUUUAUAUUAGUUUGAAAAAGUUCCAUUCAAUGUAAAAGUUGCUUUAUUUCAGUCCCAAUUGGAUCUUGUCGAUAUUUCAUGUGAAGAAGUUGUCACAUCCGCAUGUAAUGAUCGCAUGUUCCAUCUUCUCAAAAUCAACAUUUCUGGUUGGAUAUUGUUUUUUGUAUUCGCUUUGGUUGCGCUUCUUGCCAAGUUGCUUUAUACGAUUCCAGCCAAAGAGUUUGAACAGUAUCAUGAAUUUGAAGAGGAACUCAAAUCUAUGAAAGAAGAAGUUGAAACUGCAACGAAGGCAGCCGAUGUAAGUUGGAUCAAUUUGGAGAAACAACUGAUGGUUUCAAAAUCGCAAUUUUUAUAGGAAGCAAACGAUGAUCUUGCAAAGGCUCAAGAGAAACAUGAUAAAUAUAAAAAGGUGAGAAAACAGUUUUUUUUGUUGUCAUUAUAUGAAUUAUUUUUAUAGGAAUCGAAGGAAAAACAUUCCGCUGAGAAAAAAAACGAAAGAAAGUGGAAGAGGAACUCGAAGUGACUCGAAGUGAACUCGAAGUGAGGAAAUUAAAUUUAAUUUUGGGAUUGGGGUUGAUUCACGAACAGUCAAAAAAUGGAGCGAGAUUUGGUAGAAAAAUGAGGAAUACAUGCGGCUUCGAAGCUUCUUUAAAUUGUCAUAAUUUCAAACUCCAAAAACUAACAUUUUUGAUGUUGGUGUUUCGUUCGUGAAUCAACCCCACAUUAUCCGAAGUUUAGAAAUUACGUAAUGUGUUAGUGUUGGAAGAGAAGAAAAGAAUAAGUUUGGAAAAGGCGCUUACGGUGAGAAAAUUGUUCCUUUUUUAAUCAUUCAAAGUAUUUUUAUAGAAGACAUCGAAAGAAAAAAAAGCGGCAGUCAAACGUGAAAAGGUGAGAACUCUAGCAAUUGCUAGGCGGCCAACAUUUUUUCUAUAAAAUUGGUAUUUUUGGUGUAUUGAACUUUUUUUAGGAUUUGGAAAAGAGUCUCAGUACUCUGACGAAAAAAGCAAAGAAAUCGAAGAAGAAUCAGAAAGAUGAACCAUCCACCAGUCAACCGAAAAAUGGCGAAGAUCAAAACGGCGGCGAUGGAACUGAUACACUUGCGGUGAGAUUUUGA